AAUAUCUAAGCAGUGUCUGCAGUUCCAAGUCUGGUCCAGCUGCCAUGUAUCAUGUGCCAACUACUAGCAAAGGGCCCUCUAGUCCCAAACAGAUUUAUCAGCAACCUCCAAGGCUUCUCAUUGUGCAUAUCGCUCUGCCAUCCUGGGCCGACAUCUGCUCCAACCUCUGUGAGGCUCUGCAAAACUUUUUCUCUCUAGCCUGCAGCUUGAUGGGUCCCAGCCGCAUGUCCCUCUUCAGCUUAUACAUUGUACAAAAUCAACAUGAGUGCAUCCUCCCCUUUGUGCAGGUGAAAGGGAACUUUGCUAGGCUGCAGGCCUGUAUCUCAGAACUCCGCAUAUUACACAGAGAAGGUUGUUUCAGACCACAAGGCACUUCUCUGCAGCUGGCGGUAGAGGAUGGGAUCCAGCAGUUCAAACAGUACAGCAGGCACGUGACCACAGGUGCAGCUCUGACCUACACUUCCCUGGAGAUUACUGUUCUGACUUCACAGCCUGGAAAAGAGGUGGUCAAACAAUUAGAGGAAGGAUUGAAAGAUACAGACCUAGUCAGGGUCAGGAGGCUCCAGGUGGUUGAGAUCACAAAGGGAGUCCUAGACUGUGUGGACUCAGCAUCCCCUGUAGAAGAGCCCAGCAACGAAGAGAGCGCUAUCCUGGGAACUGACAUUGACCUUCAGACUAUAGACAAUGAUAUUGUCAGCAUGGAGAUUUUCUUCAAAGCCUGGCUGCAAAACAGUGGAACAGACCGAGAACAUGUCCACCUUCUUCUUCCUUCGCGGAGUUUCAGCAACAUUUCCAGAGCCAGAGAUAAUCCAAUGUGCCUGAAAUGCGAUCUCCAAGAGCGAUUUCUCAGCCCGUCCCUACUCCCUGGCACAGCUGAUGGCUGCUCGAGAAUGGAUGACCCCAAAGGAGACUUCAGCACACUCUACCAGAUGGUUUCCCAGCCAUCAGCCUGUCGUUACCCAGUCAUCAAGCUCCGGGUGAUCAAGGCUCUAAAAUCCGGGGGCGUCUGUGAAUCAUUGACAUACGGACUCCCAUUCAUCCUCAGACCCACAAGCUGUUGGCAGCUGGACUGGGAUGAGCUAGAAACAAAUCAGCAGCAUUUCCAUGCUCUGUGUCACAGCCUCCUGAAAAGAGAAUGGCUGCUGUUGGCCAAAGGGGAGCCCCUGAGUCCUGGAUCCAGCCUGAGAGAGCCGGCCAGCACCUUCUACAUGAUUGUGCCCUCGCGCUCUCCCACCCUGCUGGUGAAGGCGGUGGCCACUCGGGAACUGAUGCUGCCCAGCCCUUUCCCCCUGCUCCCUGAGGACAUGCCUGAUGACAACCUGAAGACUGUGGAGAGGAUGCUGGAUGACCUGGAGCUAGAUUCCAUCUACAACCCCUUGCAGGUUUGGAGCCACCUGUACUCACACCUGAGCAGCAACUUUGCCAAGCCUCAGGGCCGGCUGCAGCCAAGCUGGGAGAGCUGGGCCCUGAGAAAGGCUGGGCAGUUGCAGACGAGUCGAGUUCGAGCCACAGUGGCCCCCCUGCCUGUGACUCCAGCCCCUGGCAGAGCUCCCAGGAUGCCUGCAGCCCGAAAAGUUUCCCCAGAAGUCUUCUUCCAGCCUUCCCUGGAGGAGGAGGACAAGGAGGAGUGGCCCUCAGGGCCCUAAGUCUCCAGUGCUAGAGCCCUUCAGGCUCACCAGUGGCUUUCUGUGACCAGACUUACCUCCUGUCACCUGAGCCUCAGAGAGCUCCAGCUGACUGAGAAACAGAGCCUUCCCCUCCCUGACCCUCAGUGCCACCUCGACCCCACUCCUCAGGCUGGGAAGAGACACGCCCAAGCCUUUUCCUUCUUUUUUCUUUUGGAUCAUUUGAUACCGUCAACACGAAUGAAGAUUAAAUACCCAGUAAGCCUCCCCCAUUGUUAGGAACAGUCCCAGGCCUGAAUUUCUCCUGGUAGCUCUGUGUAAGCGGGUGGAUGAAGUCAGGUCACCUCCCAGAAAUGGGAUCUCAGGAGACAAGGAUGAGGUUUUCAGAGCUCGUGAAAAACAAGUUGGAUAGAAAUCUAGCCUCAUUCUGAAGGCCGUGCCCCUUCCAUUACACCCACUACACUGCAGUUCCCUUCAGCCUCCAAACAGAAGAGCUGGUGCUGGGUACCUACACGCGAGGUGUGUGGGGGCAGCAGGGGGUGGUGCAUCCUAUAGCUGAGAACAGGGGAGAGGGAGGUGUGAGAAACACCUGUUCCCCUGUCCUCGCACCUGCCCAGCCAACCCUCUCCAGCCAUGGAAUAACUACUGUUUAUAAAAUGCUUGCUCUGUACUUCAGACUGCAUUAAAUACUUGAGAAAUGCAACUCUCAUAUAAACAA